AUGGCUGCUGCUUUACCACCUGGUAUUUAUAUUCCAAUUCCAACAUUUUUUCUUGAUGAACCAUCAGAUGAACAACCAGUUGAUGUUGAUACAAUUACUCGACAUGUAAAAUAUUUAUGUUCAGCUGGUGUUCAUGGUAUUGUUUGUAUGGGUUCAACAGGCGAAGCAGUUCAUUUAACUGAAGAUGAAAGACAACUUGUUAUACGUACAACACGAAAAGCAAUUGAUGAAUCAUCAUCAAAAGCUAAAUUACUUGCUGGUUGUUCACAUGAAUCUGUUCGUGGAACAUUACAUUUAAUUGAACAAGCUGCAAAAGCUGGAGCAGAAUAUGCUAUGGUUUUACCACCAUCAUAUUUUCUUGCUUGGGCAACCAAUCGAGCUGAUGUUAUCUAUUCAUUUUAUUCUAAAGUAGCUGAUAAAUCUUCAAUACCAGUUGUUAUUUAUAAUUUUCCUGGUGUUACACAACAAAUGGAUACAACACAAGAAACAAUUGUUAAAUUAGCUGCACAUCCAAAUAUUGUUGGUAUUAAAUGUACAGAUGGAAAUGUUGGUAAAGCUGCCUAUGUAUGUGAACAUACAGAUUCAAAAAAAUUUACUUUAUUGAGUGGUUCAGCUGAAAAUUUUGUUCCAUUUUUAACUAUUGGUGCUCAAGGAUGUAUACCAGGCUUUGGUAAUAUUGCACCACGUGUACUUGUUCGAUUAUUUGAUUUAUAUACAAAACAUUCUACUGAAGAAUUAAAAGAAAUUCAACGUAUUCAAGGAAAAAUUGUUGGUCCUGAUCAUGCUUUCUUUCGUUGGAAUGGAAUAUCUGGUCUUAAAUCAGCUAUGCAAAAAAUUUUAGGUUAUGGUGGUCUUGCACGAGCACCACUUUUACCAACUAGUGAAGAACAACAAGAAAAUAUUGUUAAAAAUGUUCAAGGUGCACUUGAAAUUGAACGUGAAUUAGAAUCAAAAUCAUCAAGCAAAUAA